AUGGAAAAACCAUCGAAUCCAGACAUGUCGUUUGAAGCAGGAACUGUACUUGGGAAGGUGGAUGAAGAAUUUUGUUCUCCCAAGGAAGAACAAAAAUUAACAGCUCAGUUGCAUGGUAUUAUAGCAGUUAGAACACAAGAAAUACAACAGAAAAAAAAUGAUGUUGGUAAAUGCCAACAAAGUGUCACACAAUUUGAGCCAGUCACAACGGCAAAAAACGAAUUAGAUUGUAAAAUGAUUCCACUGACCGGCAUUGGUACGCACUAUUUAAGUGAAUUACAUCAAACAAGUUUACUAUCUGCUGUACAACGCAUUCUGUCAUUAUACCACAAGUAUACUUCGCAAUCGACAGGUGCAGCCAUUAACGACAGUUAUUCUCAAAUGCAACAAUGUGGCGAGACAUUGACAACACUAGCAAGAAAUAUUCCAAUCUUAAAUGAAGACAUCGUUCGUCUGAGUACUGAGUCGUUACGAUUUCAAAACUCAUUGCUAUCUUGUCAACACGAAAUAAAUCAAAUGAAACAAGUGAUAGAUGAAAAAGACUCAUGUAUUACUCAUAUAUCCAAAACU